AGGUUUGAUUUUUCUUCUUCUUCUUCUUCCAAAUAUGGUUUAUUUUCAUGUCAGCCAAUAAAUUGUUUAAAAUAGGCAAAGUAAAAACGCAAAAAAGAGGAGGUUGGUGACUUGUACUCAACUGCUACAAAAUUCCCCUCUGCAUUUUUGACCCUCUCUAUACUAGACUUAUCUCUACUUACUUGCACCACAAGUCUUGAAAUUCUCGAUAGACACCUAAAUAGAUGUAUGGAACUAUAUAAAAUGAUUUAUACUAGUAUGUUCUUGUUCUAAAAAUGGCAUUGUCACUCAUCAGAAACCUCCGGAUAUCGGUUACCCUUGUCGUUUUUUCCUUCCUCUUAACUACUUUUCCAGGGAUCGCUUACGAUGACGAAGACGAUUCAGAAGGAGGUGUAGGUGGAGGUGGCGGGCCAGGAUUUAGCGGUGGUGGAACAGGUGUGGGAGGCGGAGGGAUAGGCGGUGGCGGGACAGGAUUUGGCGGUGGUGGAACAGGUGUGGGAGGCGGAGGGAUAGGCGGUGGUGGCACAGGUGUGGGAGGUGGUGGUACUGGAUUUAGCGGUGGAGGGACGGGUUUAGGUGGAGGAGGAUUGGGUUGCAGUAGCGGCGGAGGGACAGGUUUUGGAGGAGGAGGACUAGGUGGCGGCGGGUUAGGUGGGAACGAUCCACCGGAGAUAGUUGCGAAAGCUUUGGAGUGCUUAAAUGAGAAACACAUUUACAGAGAGUGCGAGGAUGCAUGGAGGCUAACGUUAAACGGAGACCUGAACAUUCCGAUGGCGAGGGCGGAGGAGUUCUGCGAGGGACCAUGCUUCUCCGAAACACAUUUGGCUUUGAAUUGCAUUGACGAGAUUGUUCACCACUUCAGAUUCUUCAACAGAGCCACCGUUUACAACAUCCGUGAAACCCUCAAGUCCGGCUGCAGCUACGGACCUGAACGAGGCAUUUUCAACGUUCUAGAGCACAUCGAAGAUGAAGAAGAAAAUGGAAAUGAGAGAAUGAAGUCAAGGUCUGGACCGUUGCUUGGGACUGUGUUGUUCAUCAUUGCCUUGCUUCUUUAAGAGAUGUCUUAAUGUUUAAUCUUUAGCUAUUAUCUUAUAGAUGUUGCUUAUUUGACAAUUACAAUAUUUAUAAAUCGAUCUCUUUGUAUCUACAGAGAGACUAUCUAAUCGAGGAGUACUUUUAUAUAGUUUCUUCUUUCUUGUUUAAGGAAAACAAAAUUUGGGUUGUUUGUAUUAAAAAUAUUUUACGAGAAGCCAGUUUUUUUUUUAUAA